AUGCACGAAGGUGAGAUAGCUAGUGCGGUAGGAUCGUCGAGCCUUUCGGACAACGAGGAGGCAGGUGUGCCUCAAGCAGGCGGCGGCGAGGGCGAGGAGGAAUUGGGGCUUCCAAAGAGUAGAUGGUAUCACAGCACGCUCUUCAACAUCAUCCUCGUCGGCGCCAUCUCGUUUACGCAGCCUGGCAUCUGGGCUGCGUUGAACAGCACUGGCGCAGGCGGCCAGCAAGAGCCCUACCUCGUCAAUGGCGCCAACGCCCUCAUCUUUGGAAUCAUGACUUUUGGCUGUCCCCUUUUCGGCGUGCUCGCUAACAAGUUCGGCUUGAAGCCUAUGCUCAUCAUCGGCACGCUCGGGCUGGCUCCCUACUCGGCUGCGCUGUACGUCAACAAUCGCUAUGGCGUCGCAUGGUAUGUGCUCGUCGGGGCCGUCACCUGCGGCAUUUCAGGGGCGGCACUGUGGACGACCGAGUCGGCGGUCGCUGUCGGGUACGCCCCUCCGCAUCAGCGCGGCAUGUACGUGGCCAUCUGGUUGGGGCUGCGUGAGUUUGGGCAGAUUAUUGGGGCUAGUAUUCAACUUGGUCUCAACCAUCGCCUGGGGCAGCUUGGGAAGGUGACUUAUGGCACUUAUCUGGCUCUGAUCGGUAUUCAGUGCGUAGGACUACCUCUGGCGCUGCUCUUCACUUCGCCACACAAGGCGAUUCGACCAGACGGCAGGGUUGUUGCCGUUGCCAACAGUGGAGGAAUGGGAUCUCAGUCAUUUAGACUAAAGGAUUGUUGGGCUGUGUUGCGCCAGCGGUGGGUAUGGAUGCUCAUCCCUGUCGCCAUGUGUUUCCAGUGGAACAACACAUAUGGCAGCAUCUACCUCACGCGCUACUUCUCUGUUCGAGCACGUACACUUGCUUCACUUGUGGCGGGGGUCGCGGUGACAGUUGCCGACUUCCUGACGGGCUGGUUCCUCGACCUCAAGUGCUUCACCAGGCCAGCAAAGGCCAAAAUCAUCAUCAUCGGAUUCUCCAUCGCUCUGGCACUCGGCCUCUUUCCCUGGCAGCUUACCAACGAGUACGAUUACUCAUCCGCCGAGAGUGUAACGAUAGAUUGGUCGAGCACAGGAUUCGGACGUGCUUUCGCCGUGCAUAUCUUCUUCCGAUUCUUCAACGAGGCGCACAUUGUCUUCAUCUUCUGGCUGGUUGGUGCCUUUACGCGGAAUGCUCAGACAGUUACACUGGCCUGUGGCCUCAUCAAUGGAUUCGAGGCUCUAGGCUCGACGCUGGCGAAUGGUAUAGGCGCAGCUCGUAUUGCACCAGUUGCUAACCUGUGGGUGGCGUUUGGUGUGUUUCUUUGUUCAGUGCCACCAACAAUCAUGGUGGCGUGGAUGGUACCGAGGCAGCCCAAAGGUACAGAUCCAGCCGAGGCUCUGGACGCCAAAGGUUGA